AUGAUGAACAGAACAUUGAACCCAGUUACCCGAGUUAGUUAUGAUACCUACUUGCAACUAAUAAAAGGCAAGUCAAUAGUCAAUAAUAGGGUAAAAGAGGAAUCGGGAGAUUUAUUCGACGCACCAUCAGACUACAGCCUCGCACAUUGCAUAUCCCAGGACGUGAAAAUGAGCCAGGGCACGGCCCUCAUGUUUCGCAGGAAAUUUGGCAAUGUGGAGAUUUUAAAAAGUCAACACCCCAGAGUCCAUGAAGUGUUGUACAUUCGUCAAGAAAAUCGAUACAUCCUGUAUAUGGUAACGAAACCAAAAUAUUGGCAAAAACCAUCUUUGGAGGAUAUGUUCCUGACUUUACAGAGCCUCAAAUCGGUAUGCAUCGAGCUCGAUAUUGACAAACUAGCGAUGCCCCGUAUUGGCAGUGGGAUAGACCAACUUGAUUGGUCUGCCAUCCGGACCAUGAUUCGGUUUGUAUUUAAGGAGAUAGAUAUCAAAAUCCAUGUUUAUUCUCUAACAGAGUUAACACACGCGGAAAAACUAGAGAUCAUCGCAGAGCAUCAUUCCAGUCUACUAGGAGGACACCGCGGUAUAAACCAAACCGUAAAGCGCAUUCAAACACAAUUUAACUGGGAAGGAUUGGAAGAUAAUGUGAAGGAAUAUGUGUCCAAAUGUCCAUCGUGCCAGAUAAACAAAACGUGUAACAAGAACGUCAGGCAACCAAUGGUCAUAAGUACCACGGCCACCGAACCUUUCGAGAAGGUAUUUAUCGACGUGGUCGGGCCCUUACCGAGAACACAUAGCAAUAAUGCCUACAUCUUAACAAUGCAGUGUGACCUCACGAAAUUCUCCAUGGCUAGUCCAAUGGAAAAUCAUGAAGCCAACACUGUGGCGUAUCAUUUCGUAACCUCUUGUGUAUGUCUCCAUGGAAUACCAAACAUGCUGGUUAGUGAUCAAGGCAAAGAGUUUUUAAGCAAGAUCUUAGCCGAGACAUGCAAACUGCUGAAAAUAAAAAAAUGCAAUACAUCCCCUUACCAUCCGCAAGCUAAUGGAGCUCUUGAAAGAAGCCAUAGAACUUUAGGGGAAUAUCUGCGACAUUUCGUUGACAAAGAUCAAACAAAUUGGGAUACGUUCAUUCCAUAUGCCAUGUUCGUAUUCAAUUCCUCAGAACAUCGUUCCACAGGGAAACAACCCUAUGAACUAUUGUAUGGUCGCACUGUGACAAUGCCAAACUCGUUCACAAAACCCCCAGAACCUCGAUACAAUUAUGAAGAUUUCCAUGUAGAAUUGAAGCAGAAACUCCAAGUGGCACAUCAAAUAGCCCGCGAUCGUCUGUUGGAACACAAACAGAAGACAAAAGAGACUUACGAUCAGAAUCAGAAUCAGAUCAUCAUUCACGUGGGAGAUCGUGUACUCCUUAAAGACAACGCUCGAAAAGGGAAACUUAGUCCUAAAUGGUUGGGACCUUAUGAGGUGAUCGAGCUUAAAGCAAAUGAAAAUGUAACAUUGCAAAAGGAUAGAAGGAGGGUGACAGUACAUAAAAUCUUAUCCAUCCUUUUGUGGACUGAUCAUUGUAAAUACGUGAUAAAAAUUAACAUUAAGUUAACAAUGCUAAAACUAACCUAG